AUUCCACCAAAGCAUUUGAUUCCUAAACGUCUUUUAUGUCUCUCUUAUUCUUCGCCGCUUUGUAAAAGUUAACUUUGUGUGUACUUUCAAGAUUAUUCUCAAAUUCUCCUCCACACAUUCUUUUUAUUAUUACUUGUAUAAGAAACAUCCUUGAAGGAAGCUGUGUUCUUUUGGCAAAUAUAAAUAUACGUCAACCAAGCUCAUAUUUGUGCUCUAAAGAUCUUAACAGUCAAUCUUCUUUCUCUCUAGUAUUGUUUUCCUCCGUUUCCCAACGCAAAAAUCUACAGUUUCUUAGUCCUUUUCAGUGUUUUGAUCGCUUCUCUAGCAAAAAUAUGAGUGAUCCAAAGUAUGCUUACCCUUACCCUGCUCCGGGAAACUACCCCCAUGGCCCGCCGCCUCCAGUUGGAGUACCACCGCAGUACUAUGCUCCACCACCGCCCCCACCACCACCGCCAAGAAAGAAACCUGGUUUCCUUGAGGGACUACUUGCGGCUAUGUGUUGUUGCUGCCUUGUGGAUGAAUGUUGCUGCGACCCGACCAUCAUAUGCAUUGAUUGAACUUCUUUAAAAAGAAAUUUAGAUCUCUCUUUGUGUGUGUUAUUUUUUUUUUUAGUUAUGAUGAGAUUUAUGUAAUAAAAUUUUAUACCCCUUCAAACUGAGUUCUCUAGCCAAUAUAAAUACACGUUGACAAGAUAGAUUCAUAAUCCA